CUUGGACUUGCGAGAAAGUAAACCAACAACAUCAUCGGCCAUUCUAGACAGGUACCAAAGAGAAACAAAACCGCAUCGGCGGACGCAAAAGUACCGUGCCAUCAACGGGUCAAAAAGAAACUCCUGAGCUGGAAUAGUUCACAGCUGCCUGGAGCAGUGACCCACAAUCGCUAUCCGGAUCAACAAACCCGGCCGCCAUCCGUGGGCCGCCCCCGGAACGUCAACGUCGGCAUUACCGGGGUAGCUUUGCGCAACAGCUACGCAUCCGUCAUCCAUAUAACAUAACACCAACUGUCUAAAGGCCAAUACACAUCAGCAGUUGUACUUGACAGAAUUGCGGAGCUCAUCAUGAGGUUAAGCUUCUUCACCGAGCUGCUUGCAGCAGGCUCGUUGUUGUUGUCAUCUGUCAAUGCCUUGGAAGCAAAAUUAACUCAACAAGAGGAAAAACGGGAAAAAUGCGUCGGCAUGUACAGUCGCAGCGCAUGGGGAGGCGACAUCGAACCCUUCAUACUCGUGAGGUUCAACAAGGUUGAUGAAGAGGGGGACCACAGGGCCAGUAUGCUCAUUUUUGAGUGGAUGGACCAAGACCUGGUCCUGUUCCAAUCAACCCCGGACACGCCCAAGAAACUCGCCAUAUGCAACCCCGAAAACGUCAGUGCUGGCUAUUGCAACGAGACCCAUGUGGGCGAAUACAUCGUUUCUCCCAACGUUACGACCCAGUCCCGCAACAUGGUACACACACAAGUCGUGGAUCUCAAGGACCCCAAGCCGAUCAACUACCCUAUCAAGAACACUGGAUACUACUGUAUCUUUACGGCUGAGUACACGCGGACCGACUAUGAAGCCAUUGUGGAGUUCCGCAAUGCCUUUGGAGAACUGCCCGCCGCACAGAUUCCAAAACUUCCUUUCUAUGGCGGGAUCACAAUUCUGUACGCCUUGGUGGCAGUCUUCUGGGGCUUGCUCUACUAUCGACAUCGCUCCGACAUCUUGCCAGUGCAGAACUACAUCACAGCCAUACUGAUCUUCCUGGUCGUGGAGAUGCUACUCACGUGGGCCUUUUAUGAUUAUCUCAACCGUCACGGCUCCAACACGCUCUCGAAGUUCCUGCUCGUUCUGGUAGCUGUGCUCAACGCAAUCAGGAACUCAUUCUCAUUCUUCUUGCUUUUGAUCGUGUGUAUGGGAUAUGGCGUUGUUAAACAUACCCUUGGAAAGACCAUGAUAUAUGUUCGCUACCUGGCCAUUGCACAUUUUUUCUUUGGCCUCGUAUAUGCAGUUGCCAGUCUUGUCAUUACGCCAGACAGCGCAGGUCCAUUUGUGUUGUUAAUUGUCCUCCCGUUGGCUGGAACACUCACUGCCUUCUACGUCUGGACACUCAACUCGCUCAACUUGACGCUCAAGGAGUUGAAUGAGCGAAAGCAGCACGUCAAGGAGGGCAUGUACAAGAAGUUGUGGUGGUGCAUCCUUAUCAGCAUUAUUGUCAUUUUCGGCUUCUUCUUCUUCAGCAGCUUCUCCUUCACGUCGAUGCGCGAUCCCGACUACGUCCCAUUCCACUGGAAGACCCGCUGGUUCAUGUUGGACGGCUGGUUGAACUUGGUGUACUUUGCCGACGUCGCCUUUAUUGCCUACGUUUGGCGGCCUACUGCCAACAACCGUCGCUUUGCCAUGUCUGACGAGAUCGCCCAGGAGGACGAUGGCACGUUUGACAUGACAAAUAUGGACAUCGGCGCCCCCGAUGACUCGGAUGAUGAGGAAGCCAAUAUUGGCACAAAACCAGCCACAUCGACCCAGACUGCGACUCAGACGAACGGUGGAGCAUCUUCUAAUGCCAGGGGCGGCCCUACUACCACGACUCGGAAUGCGGGGCCUGCUGCGAGAGACUCGUUGGAUGGAGAGACCAUAUUCGCUGUUGGUGAAGACCUGGACAAGUUCUCUGACGAUGAAGACUCGGAGGAAGAGAGAGGUCUUGUGAAGAAGAGCAACAAGUGAACAGCAUCCAGUCGGACGCGCUUUGGGGAAUGGGUAGAGAGGGUGUGUAUUAUUCUCGUGUUUGGAAAGAAUAGAGACCUACUGCGAGGGAUAGCAGAUAUUCCGUGUAGUAUAUUUCAUGAAGCAAGAUUUCUUUGCGGACCUACAAAUACAAGUCAUGUUUUUUUUUAUCAAUCAUGUCAGGCGUCAACCGCUAUGUUGCUUGUAUCAAAUUCCUGGGGCGGAGCGCAAUGGUAUUUCGG